GGAAAAUGCCUCAGUUGCCGGUGGUCACCUGAGGGAGCGAGACGCUGUCCUCCGUCACUUUGGAUGAGCCAUCACCAGCAGUACACGUCAUCCCUCGUCACCUGCCUCAAGUCUCCUCUACAGAAAUACCAGCCACAGCCUUACCAGCAGACGUGUCAGCCAUCCCUGACUGCAGUGCAGAAACAAAGAUGAAGUACCUGCUCCUGUUCGUUGUGUUGUGUGGGAUUAUGAUUCUGACCGGAGCAACAUCUCCGCCCUUCAUACCUGUACCUCCCAACCCGUCUCUGUCCGUGUGUCCACCCAGAAACUCGGGUGGCUUCUUGACCCAUAAACGAUGUGAGAGAGAUGAGCAGUGUGGCCCUAACAAGUACUGCUGUCAGGUGUUUGCUAUUAAGGCCUGUAUGGGAAGAUACCAACACUCACAAUCGUCUUCCUGCCCUCCUCCUGACCCGUUCCUCAGCUGCUUCGUAUUCAACCACCAGUGUAACAACGAUGACGAGUGUAGGAAGAACGGUCAUCAUGGCCACUGUUGCCUGGAACCAAGAUGUGGUAGACACUGUGUAGUCACUGACGCCUCAACAUAAUAUCCGUAUUUAGCAAAACAAUUAUUUUUAUUAGCUUCUCGCCGUGAAUUCCAUCCACUAAAAGACUAUACAAUCAAAAGUACUGUUCAAUUAACCUAAAAUAGAGGCCCUGGACAAAUGUACCGUAUUCUUGUCUUGGUUGUAUUUUCAUGUGGGUUCGUUAGUACUACAUACUUAGUGUUCAGUAAACAUAGGGUUGGUUUUUUUGGUACCUCUACCGUCCCUGAAAACUGUAAACAUCACAAUUCACAUUGAGACUAUUCCCCCCCCCCCCAGUGCAGUCACUGCCUUUUCUUAAAAUACAAGGAGAGUGGUUUUCCCUCUGAAUCCCUUCAUAUAUUUUCUACUUUAAUAUCAGGUGUAAAUCCAAUAGAAAACUAAAACGCAUGCCUGCUGGAUGCUCAUGACCUGACCAAUCUAAGCCUUCUCCCAAAUUCUCGUCCCUUCUUGAAUACUUCUUACCGUCUACCCAGGAGUUAUCCACUUUCUUUUUUGGUCAGAAUGUUCCUUUCUAAACCACCAAACUAUCUCAACAUUAUGGACUCUCAAAAUUCUACAUUUCACACAGUUCUAAUUUGUGCUUGAUCCUAGUGGGUUUAGCGCUUCUUUGAUUAUAAUCUAAUUUGUGCACCUUAUUCACGUACAUUAAUCUCCAAUGCCAUCUCUGCCGCCCCGCAUCCGUAUAAGCAUAACUACCACUAUACCUUGGUUCAUUAUUACCUGUUCCUUCCCACUGAAACGAAAAAUUUCCAACAAUUCCACAUCCUACUUACCUUUCCUCUCCUGUCGAAAUAGCCACUCUCGUAUAUCUACAUAUAUUUACUCUCCCAUAAUCUGAAUGGUUGUGUAUGUAUGUCGUUUUGUGGGUGGGAAGGGGUUAAUUUCAGUUCUAAGAGUAAGUCGAGAUAAUGCUUGCUCUGUAAACAAAUGAACCACCGGCAAGGCGAAGCGUCCUAAUUUGAAAUUCGUGUCGUAAAAAGGCGACUAGAAACCACACCCCCGGCCGGGAUUGAACCCGCGGUCAUAGUCUCAAAACUCCAGCCCGUCGCGACGGGCUGGAGUUUUGAGACUCUAUGACCGCGGGUUCAAUCCCGGCCGGGGGUAUGGUUUGUUUGCAAUCGUGACAUUACGAUUUCUUGAGUCAGGCGACUAGAAUGCCUGGAGCAAGAGGCUAAACAGUCUUAUUAAUAAAAAAAAUAACGUGGGAUGUUUGAAUGCGCGUGGAUGUAGUACAGAAGAAAAGAAAAAUGAAUAUUCAUGUUAUGAAAAAGCUUGUCCCAGCUCUAAGCGAAAAGGUAAGAUAAGAGGGAAUUUCAGUGAGGAAAAGUAAAUGUUGGUUAAAUCAGAUACACGAGAGAAUUGAAGUUAAGGAACUAUGGAGGCCUGGUCAUGGACUGGGCCGCGGGGGCGUUGGUCCCCUGAAAAAUCCUCCAGGUAUGAAAGGUAGUGUUUAAAGAAUUGCAUGUACAAGAAUGGUAUACAAUA